AGGAUAAGACUUUGGGAUAAAAAAAUAUUAAAUAUAUUUAAAACACUGAUUGGAUUGAAAAAAGUGUGUUUCUAGAUUCUUCUGUAACCUUCGUAUAUUUCCUUUUCGCCAGCCUCCUCGUGAUUCGUGAACACGCUCUCUCAAGAAAGAUCCUUCCUUUCAUUCUUACGAUCUUUGUUUUGGUGCUUACGUUAUGUCUUCGGAAGCGGAGUUUGCAGAGUUUGCGGCUUUGUUCGAGAGGAUGAUCAGACGAGGCGAAGGUCUCUCUCGAUUCUUGCCGCUGAUCUUAGCUUUAGCAGCUGAAGCCGACGAGGACGGCGAACCGACCGAUCAGACGGCCGGACACAGAGAGUUCGUCAUCGAUCCGGCGAACCGGAGAGUCGUGAUGAUCAGAUCGGCUUUGGGGGAGUUCUUGAACGGCGACGACUUUUCGGAGAAACAAGGGAGGUCGCCGGCGUCGAAAUCGUCGGUGGAGAGUAUGCCACGUGUCGUGAUCGGGAAAGAGGAGGAGAGAGGAGGAGGAGGAGGAGGAUCGUGUCCGGUUUGCCUGGAGGAGUGGUCGGAAGGUGACGUAGCGGCGGAGAUGCCGUGUAAGCAUGUGUUCCACUCGAAGUGUGUGGAGGAGUGGUUGGGGAGGCACGCCACGUGUCCGUUGUGUAGGUACGAGAUGCCUGUUGAAGAAGUGGAGGGAGAGAAGAAAGUCGGGGUUUGGAUUGGGUUCGCUGUUGGUUCUGGUGAAAGGAGGAACGAAGGAGACGGAGGAAGAAGAAGCGAUGGUGAUUCGAACUCUCGAGAUGGAACAGAGGCUUAGGUUUAAAUUUUUUAGGAAGAAACGUGUGUAUAUUCUUUUCGUUUUUUUUUUUUUAAAUUUCGAAUGUCUUUCCAGUUUCAAUAAAGAUUGGUUGAUGAA